GUGUAGUCUUUUGGGCUUUACCACUCCCACAGUUUCCAGCUUCAGAAAUCUUCUUCAAGUCCCUCGCAGAAACUGAACAAUUGAGACCAGAAGUCCCUCGAAGAAACUGAGCAAGGUAUAAUCUUUUUUCCUUGAAUGCCCUUAAUCCCUCUCUGUUCGAUUUGGGUUCGUUUACUGGAGCGAGAUCUCGACCACUGUAACGUCGACGUUUCAUAAGCACUGGGCUGGUGGUGUAGAAGUUUCUUACGAUUCUGAGAGAUGGGAAUUCUAGGUUGAGUGGCUUUGAGAAACCAAACAGGGAUCAAACAGGGAAGCCAUGUCUGGCCUCCCUCGGUCCUCCAGUGCUCCACUGAAGAACGGUCUUCCUCCCCAAGAACUGCUCGACGACCUCUGCAGUCGGUUUGUUCUCAAUGUUCCAAAAGAAGACCUGCAAUCAUUUGAGAGGAUUUUAUUUCUCGUGGAGUAUGCUCAUUGGUUUUAUGAGGACAACUCAGUGGAGAAAAAUCCAUCGCUGAAGUCAUUUAACUUGAAGGAAUUCACUUCCUUAUUGUUUAACAGCUGUGAUGUUCUUAAACCUUAUGUUGCCCAUAUAGAUGACAUAUUUAAGGACUUCACUUCUUACAAGGUUAAGGUUCCUGUAACUGGAGCCAUUAUUUUGGAUGAAACCUAUGAAAGGUGCAUACUCGUGAAGGGAUGGAAAGGAUCAAGCUGGAGUUUCCCACGCGGAAAAAAGAAUAAAGAUGAGGAAGACCAUGCAUGUGCCAUCCGAGAAGUCCUUGAAGAAACAGGUUUUGAUGUGACAAAACUACUUAACAAAGAUGAGUACAUUGAAGCCGUAUUUGGACAGCAAAGGGUGCGGCUCUACAUUAUUGCCGGUGUGAGGGAGGAUACUGCCUUUGCACCACUCACCAAAAAGGAGAUCAGUGAAAUCGCAUGGCACCGACUGGAUGAACUUCAGCCUGCAAGUAAUGAUGUGAUAUCUCGUGGUAUCACUGGCCUCAAGCUUUACAUGGUGUCCCCUUUUUUAGCAUCAUUGAAAUCGUGGAUUUUAGCACAUCAGUCCGCAAUUGCUCCAAGAACUGAUAUGCCACUCAAAGGAAUCAGCAUGUGGAAAGCAAAGAACAGCUCAAUAGGGAGUAGCAACAUGAUAGUGGAGAGCCAAUCAACUAAACCCGAACCUGAUGUUCAUCCUCCUGACACAGGACUUGGCAAGAGUUUCAGAAACUUCAGGUUUGACAUUGCUCCAAUCUUUCAAGCCAUUGAAGCUGGUUUCCGUGCUUAAGCGCAACUUGCUUCUUGUAAAGUGGUUUAAAUUCACAUAGCUGGGUUUCCCCAUUUCUCAUGUAUUACUAAAUACUAUAGAGUUGCGCUCAUGUCAGAUGUACAUCAUUUGGGUUAGGUUUUCAGUUGUGGGUUUAUGUAUAUUUUGUAUAGAAACCCAUGUGUUUCGAAGGACAGAAUUUUCAGUUGAUUGGAUCAGAGAUUCAGAGACAGAUGGAUAAAUGAGAAAACCAGAUUUCUGAAGCAAAA